AAAAAAAUAAAGAAGGUUCUUCAAAACUUAUAAAAUUAAAAAAUAAUUAAAAAUGCUUCCAAGAAACUCAUCAGAUACAAAGCGAGUAGUGGAUCAAAUGACAGUUUUGAAAGGAGAACGUCCAGUUUUGAAGGAUUACUUAAUUAAAUCAUUACAUGAAAGCGGCUGGACAGAUUUAGUACGACUUAUGUGUAGAGAGGAAAUAAAUAAGGCAAAUGGAUUAAUAUCAGUAGAUAGUCUCGUUGAUAAAGUGACACCAAAAGCUCGUCAAAAGAUUCCAGACGAAAUAAAAACGGAAAUGAUUGCAAAGAUAAAGAAAUGUCUAACAUCCAUUGAUGCUAAUGAAUGUUGAGUGUAAAUAAUAAUUAAUUAAAUGAUAACUUGUGUCUCUCGUAACAUCUUUCAUUUCAUCUCCUCCUUAUUCUUUUGCAUUAAUUAAUUAUCAUUGUAACCCAAAUAAAGACUAAGUUUUCUUUAAAAUGAA